CGCAAAGUAGGUAAUAUGGCGGUAGUCGAUAGACCCACAAUGAACGGGGAUAUUGCAAAUUUUAGUAUAGGCCAUCGUGAAGAAGACCCGUUUGUCUCAACAAGCCUUCAAGAUGAGAUUGAAAAUAUACGCACAGUUAUUAAAGUUACAAGAUUAAAAUUGGAGGAAAUGAAUGCAGAAUUUGGUAAACAUCAGCAUCCACCACCUAUCUAUCUAAUGGAAUAUGAAGAAUUGGCAAAUAAGAUUCAUGAAUAUCAGUUACGAGAACAGAAGCUGUUGGAACAAAUGAGUAUUGGUCGAGCCUCUCCCCCUCCUAGUCCACUCCCUAUGACAGAAGAACCAUGUCGUUCUCCCGGCCCCCCACUUACUCCUAAUACAAGUUCUAAUAAUCUACAGAAUUUACCAACAGGACAGAAGAGUCCUCAACUCACUUCCCGUUCUCCUGGUGGUACAAUACGAGCUCAUUUACCUAGCUCUAUGGUGACAACAGUUGUAGUAACUCCCGGUAUAACAUUAAGAGAUGGAUUGGCUAAAUCAAUGAAACGUAGGGGAUUAAUAUAUAAAGAUUGUCAAGUAUUCCGACAGGGUACCAGAAUACCAUUAACAUGGAAUACAGAUAUGGCUGAACUAGCUGGCCAAGAGGUAUCUGUUGAAUUGAUCGAGGGAGAAGAAGGACUCAAUAGAUCUAUGUCUAGAGCUGUAGUUUUAGCACAUAAUUGUGGUCGAAAGACAUUUUUCGCAUUAACUUUCUGUGAUAUGUGCCGAAGUUUAUUGUUUCAAGGAAUUCGAUGCCAGACUUGUGGCCUCAAAUUCCAUCAGCGGUGUGAAGAGAAAAUACCACGUAACUGUCAAGGAGAUCUGGAAGUGUUUUUUCGACAACAAAGAUAUAAUUCUAGAGAACAAAUGAAACAGAUAUUAACAGAAAAUUCGCCUGCUGGUAAAGCAGCUUCAACUACGUCUCCUAGAAACAGACACCGCAGUCGUACUCCGGCACCACAACUAGGUCAGCGAGAGAGAUCCACAUCAGCUCCCAAUGUUUGUCAUAAUAUGGUGGAAAAUGGUCAAAUGUCACAACAGGAGUUCACAAGAAGAUUCCGACAUCUGCAAGGCAAGGACAAUCUACCACCUCAUUAUCGCUAUCUUUAUAAAGAUAAGAGACAUGCUAGUGAUAGUAGUGCCUCUAAACCUCAAUCACCUAAAGCUUCUGGCUCUAAUACAUUGAAGUUACCCCUCAAUUUUGCAAGUCCGGGAGGUAGUCCAACAAAGUCUGCACAGAAUUCACCAACCAGUACAGCAAAACAUGUCCGACCCCGAGCUAAGUCAGUAGAAACAGAACCAGGAAAAAGACGUGCUCGUAGAGAUUCAAAUGAUGAUUGGGAGAUCUCGAACGAAGAAAUAGAUUUGGGAGAAAGGAUAGGGUCAGGGUCGUUUGGAACAGUAUUUAAGGGACAUUGGCAUGGACCUGUUGCUGUAAAAAUAUUGAAUGUCAUAGAUCCUACACCCGCACAGAUGCAGGCAUUUAAAAAUGAAGUGGCAGUUCUCAGAAAAACUAGACAUGUAAAUAUUUUGUUAUUUAUGGGCUGUGUAUCUAAACCUCACCUGGAGAUCGUGACUCAGUGGUGCGAUGGUCUUAGUUUAUAUCAGCAUUUACACGUAAAGGAUACCAAGUUUCGAAUGGACCAGAUCAUAAUGAUAGCCAAACAAUCAGCACAGGGCAUGGAUUAUCUUCAUGCAAAAAACAUUAUACACAGAGAUUUAAAGUCAAACAAUAUAUUUUUAACAGAGGUUUUAUCAGAUAACAUGACUGUAAAGAUUGGUGAUUUCGGCCUGGCCACCGUGAAAACAAGAUGGAGUGGAUCUCAUCAGUUUCAACAACCAACUGGUUCCAUAUUAUGGAUGGCACCGGAAGUUAUUCAAAUGAAAGAACAGAAUCCCUAUACAUUUCAAUCUGAUGUGUAUGCAUUUGGUAUUGUACAGUAUGAAUUGAUGACAGGGGAAUUACCGUAUUGUAAUAUUAGUAAUAAAGAUCAGAUAUUGUUUAUGGUGGGUAAAGGUUAUUUAAGACCAGAUGUAAGUCGAGCUCGUACAGAUACUCCUAAAGCAUUUAAACGUCACAUGUUAGAUAGUUGUCAGUAUGAUCGAGAUAAUCGACCUUUAUUUCAACAGCUGCUGGCCAGUCUCGAGUCAUUGUACAAUUCAAUACCAAAGAUAAAACGCAGCAAAUCAGAACCUGCGAUUCACAGAACAGAUUCCUUUGAUCUCGAUUUUCGCUACAUGUGUCCUUCUCCUAAGACUCCUAUAAACACUCCUUUUGCACAGUUUAACUUUAUACAAGGAGGUGAUUAUUGAUGGUUUGACAUCCAACAAUCCAACUGUAGACUGUCUUACAAUAGGGAUUGAUAACACCAGUGUUACAAUAUAAACCAACAUUUCAACUACUCAACAUCAGGAAAAAAAAUGAAAGUAGAAGACCCGAAAAAGUUUGUAUCAAUACAGGGGAAAAAUGAAUCUUACAGGAUUUUGUUUUGCAUCAACACAUAAUGAAUGUUAAAUCACUAUUUACUGAUGUCUCGAUCUAUCUACGUCAAGUUAUUCAUGUAGACAGUGAAAUCAAUCCCUGGAUGUUAAAACAGUUGAUGAAGACAUUCAAAUCACAAGUCAAAUAUGUGAUUGAAUGUUUGGUGGCCAUGUUAUCUGUGUAGUCGCAGAAUGAAUCAACUACGUGUAUCAUUAUAUUAACUCAUUGACAUUCUGAUAGGGUUUGUGGCCAUGUUGCCAUGGUAAUCUACUGUGUCUUUCUCAUUUUACUGUUAGCCUCAUUCCUGGAUCUGCUGUGAUGUUAGGAGGGAAGAAAAGAUAGUGCUGAUAUAUAGUCAAAGCAUAUGUAGCAGAUGUUCUCUCUGCAAACUCUGGUUUGAACCAUUGAUCUUUGAAGUCUGAACACUGGUCAUUUAAAUAUAUUUAAAGUGAUAAUUGUAUGUGUCUGAUAUUAAAAAUGAGUAUUUUUCUUUUGAUUUCAUUUUUUUGAUGGGUGAAUCGUUUUAGUCAGUUAUGGAUCAUGCCUCUCUCAAAAGCUCAGUCUUUGUGCUGUAAAAGUUUAAUUAUGUGUGUGCACUACUACAUUCAUCCAACAAGGCUUCAUUUUUAAUGUAAUCUAUUUAACAAGUGCUAAGUGUGUAAGUGUGUGGUCACAUUAUAUAUACCUAUAUAUAUAUAUAUGUGUGUUCAAGUCAUCAUUUGAUGUGCGAUUGUUGUGUCAGCAAUAUGGAAUAUUGUAAUUUUUAAUGCAAUUGGAUUUGUUGAAGAUUUGUAAUUUCAAAUCUGUUUGUUGUUCUAUAAGGGCAUUUGCUUGUUUAUAUUUUUUGCAUACUUCUGAAGACUUAUCUGAAUCAUAGAAACUAGAUUAUGGUAGUGUUUCUAAUUUAGCUUUUCAUUAUUUCUCUUUAAGAGAAGAUGAGCUAAAUCUAGAGUCCAAAAGAAUUUAACAGUUGCAGGUUCAUUUAAUAUUUCGUAGGCAAUUUUCAGUUCUACGGAAAAAAAAAGAAUCCUAGUCUUAAAAUAUAUUGUUUUUCAAAUUCUUUGAACAUCACAUGAGGGUUAAUUAAUGUCAUCAUUUCCACAUAUAAUUUAUACAGCAUUAAAAUGUAUUGCUUAUUCACAGAUUUCAUUACAUGUGUGUUAUGUUUUCAACUAGAACCACAGUUUCCAUCAAAACACGCUUUGAUGCUUCUUAAUGCAUAUCCUGAUUAAAUUUAAUAAAGUGCCAAAUAUAAAUUAUAUAGUUCUGUACUUCUAUUAAAGAUGCAUUACAUGUAUGUAAGAGCUAAAUCUGCCUAUUGCAGGGUUUUUUUUUCUGGCUUCAAAUCUUCUGUGUAUUAUUAUUUAAACAUUUAUUCACAUGCCAAGCCUAUUAUCAACUCUCUGGACCAUCAGAUGGCUGAGAUUUAAAUGGAUUUGAACACCUGCAUGAUUUGAAAAUUUAAGGAUUAAAUGGAUAAUUAAGACAGAGUCUUGGUUGUCAAGUUUCGUUACUACAAUAAUAAAUGAUCUACGCUAAAUCUUCAGUCAUAACUUUGCACAGAAUAGUAAUUUGAAUGAAAUUUUCUAUACGUUCAUUUUUAAUUUUCUUUAUUUAUAUACGCCCACAUUUUCAUGUUAUCGUUGCCCCUGUCCAUCCGUGUGCCUGUAUGUCCAUUCGCAUUUUGUUUGUGGACACUCCAGGGGUUACAAUUUUAAUCUGAUUUAAUGAAGCUUCCUUUCAAUAUUCGUGCACAUCUGACCUUAACUUUCUGGAUUAUUAUGGCCCCUGAUUGUACGUAAAAUUGCAUUUUCUGCUUGUAGAUCAUCAAGGGGUCGGAAUUUUUAUCCAAUUUAAAAAAUGUUCUAAUAUGUCAGUGUUACAUCAUAAUGCCAAUUUAGUUUGAAUUUUGUGAAAAUCAGACCAAACUGCCACACUUUUUAUACGUCCACAUUCAUAAUGUGAACGUAUUAUGCCGUCGCCCCUGUCUGUGUGUGUGUGUGUGUGUGUGUAUGUAUGUAUGUGUGUGUGUGUGUCUGUGGUUCGCCUACAGGGCGCAAUUCUUCAUGGAUUUUCUUCAAACUUGGUAUACUUAUUCCUUAUACCCCAAGGAAGAUCCCUAUUGUUUUUGGUGCAUGCCCGACCCCCCGGGGCAGAGCCACGCCCAUUUCUAGUAUUUGUUUGUUUGUCGUCUACAGGCCACAUUUCUUAACUAAUAAUCUUGAAACUUUGCAUACACAUUCUUUGUACCCUAAGGAACAUCCCUAUCGUUUGGGGUGCAUGCCCAACCCCCAGGGGCAGAGCCACGCCCAUUUUCUUUUCGUGUGUCUUUGUGUCGCCUACAGGGCGCAAUUCUUACUGGAUUUUCUUCAAACUUGGUAUACUUAUUCCUUAUACCCCAAGGAAGAUCCCUAUUGUUUUUGGUGCAUGCCCGACCCCCAGGGGCAGAGCCACGCCCAUUUCUAGUAUUUGUUUGUUUGUCGUCUACAGACCGCAUUUCUUAACGUAUCACAUUGAAACUUUGCAUACUUACUCCUUCUAUCCUAAGGAACAUCCCUAUUGUUUGUGGUGAAUGCCCAGCCCCCAGGGACAGAGCCACACCCAUUUUCUUUUUGUGUGUCUGUAUGUCACUUACAUCCUUCAAUGCUUAAUCGAUGAUCUCGAAAAACUUUUUUAUACCUAUACGUUAUACCCUAAGGAUGACCUCUAUUUUUUUGGUGAUUGCCCAACCCCCAGGGGCAGAGCCACACCCAUUUUGUUCUUUGUGUCUCUGUGAGUUGCCUACAGGCCACGAUUCUUAAUGGAUUGUCUUUGAACUUGGGAUAUGUUUCCUUAUAGCCUAAGGACGACACUUGCAUGUCACAACCCCCAGGGGCAGAGCCACGCCCAAUUUUUAUGUUUAUCGUUUACAGGCCGGAAUUCUGAAUGGAUCAACUUGGUAUUUGGCAUAUGUAUUCCUUAUAGCCUAAGGGCAUCAACUAUUGAUUUUGGUGAAUGCCCCGACGCCCAGGGGCAGAGCAACGCCCAAUUUUUGGCUUUAACGCCCAAAGGCCACAAUUCUGAAUGGAUUAUCUUGGAACUUGGUAUACUUAUUCCUUAUACAUUAAGGACGGCAACUAUUGAUGUUGUCAUUUCAAUAACAGGAUGGUACCUAUUUAUAUUGUUUCCAUAUCCAACCCCCAUGGGCAGAGCCACGCCCAGUUUUUGUAUUUGUGGUCUACAGGCUGCAAUUCUGAAUGGAUCAUCUUGGAAUUUUGCAUAUUUAUUCCUUAAACCAUAAAGACAGCAACUAUUUAUUUUGAUGCUUGCCCCGACCUCGUAGGGCAGUGUCACGCCCACUUUAUUGUUAGUAUUUUGUCUGUAAAUUUGGCAAAACAAACCCGACGCCUAGCCUUCUUGGCCUCUGAUCAUAUUACAGCCAUUUCAUAUUUCAUUCUCUUCAUUUUAAAAAGUACCAUAUCAAUCAAAACUGGAAUGUGGACGUAUAUUGCAGCGUUAGCGAUGCU